AGCUCUGAAUGCUGAAAGUUGCAGUAGAUCCCGUCGGACCGGUCCCUAAACCGCGUUAUGAUUCGAUAGAGGAAAAUAACCUCCGCCGGAGCUGAACCAUCAACUCCACACCCGCAGUGAACAAACAAGGAAGAGGCAGGUCUAUUAUUAGCCGUGGAGCCGUUAGCAGAGAAGUUCUGGUUGAGCGAGGCAUUUCCUCCCUCGCCCCGUUGCCACAGAGCCACAGACAGACUUCCUGAAACUCUUUUUCCAGCAGCGAAAGGGUGAAGCGGCCGUGUCGGACACGACUCUGCAGUCCGGGAGCAUCACAGGAAUCUGUCGCAUCCAGAAGUCAGCGAGGAUGAAGAAGAGGGACACGCAGCUUCCCAAGCAGGCGUCCACGCCGUCCUACGGACGCGAGCCGCGGCUGUUCCCCCGCAUGUCCAUGAGCGAGGCGGACGAGAAGGUGCGGCUGAUGGCGGAGAAGGUGUACGCGUCUGCGCUGAAGGACGAGGACACCAAGGACGCCAUGGCGCUGUUCAGCGUCCCGGAGGACUGUCCCAUCGGCCUGCUGGAGGACCGCGAGAGGGAGCUGCAGAAGGAGCUGGCCGAGCAGCAGUCGCAGGAGACCGUCAAGAGGAAGAAGAACUUCCUGCUGAAGCGUUCCCAGUCCGUGUCCCUGCAGAUCCCCAGCAGCGUGGACUGGGCCCAGCUGGGGGUGUCCAUGCUGCUGACCCCGGCCUCGCCCGAACCCUGCGGGCAGGAGAACACCCCGGAGUUCCAGAGGGUGACCAUCAGCGGGGACUACUGCGCCGGGAUCACGGUGGAGGACUACGAACAGGCCACCAAGAGCCUGCUGAAGGCGCUGUUUAUCCGGGAGAAGUACUCGCGGCUGGCCUACCACCACUUCCCCAGGACCACCGCCCGCUUCCUCCGCAGCGCUGAAGACGAGGACUGGCAGGAGGACGACGAGGUCCUGCCAGACAUCUGGCCCUGCCCCCGGGAGGGGGAGGACCCCUACUCCAUGGAGGGGAUCCCCGAGAACCUGAACUACGAGCUGCGCAUGAAGGACGGCAUCGUCCACGUCUACGACGACGGCCAGGCGCUGGCGCAGCAGCAGCCCCACAGCCUGCCCUACCCCGACUUUGAGACCUUUGCCAUCGACCUGAGCCACGUCCUGGCCAUGAUCGCCGACGGACCCACGAAGAGCUACUGUCACCGGCGGCUGAACUUCCUGGCCUCCAAGUUCUACCUCCACGAGAUGCUGAAUGAGAUGGCGGAGCUGAAAGAGCUGAAGUGUGUUCCUCACCGAGACUUCUACAACGUCAGAAAGGUGGACACCCACAUCCACGCCGCCGCCUGCAUGAACCAGAAGCACCUACUGAAGUUCAUCAAGACCACGUACCACACGGAGGCGGACCGCGUGGUGCUGGAGAAGGGCGGCCAGAAGGUCACGCUCAAGCAGGUCUUCGAGAACCUCCACAUGGACCCCUACGACCUGACCGUGGACUCGCUGGACGUGCACGCCGGAAGACAGACCUUCCACCGCUUCGACAAGUUCAACUCCAAGUACAACCCGGUGGGCGCUAGCGAGCUGCGGGAGAUUUACCUGAAGACGGACAACCACAUCAAGGGGGAGUACUUCGCCCGCCUCGUCAAGGAAGUGGCCCAGGAUCUGGAGGAGAGCAAGUACCAGCACGCCGAGCCUCGCUUGUCCAUCUACGGCCGAAGCGCCAGCGAGUGGGAGGGGCUGGCGACCUGGUUCAUCCAGCACAAGGUCCACUCCCCCAACCUGAGGUGGAUGAUCCAGGUCCCCAGGAUCUACGACAUCUUCAGGUCCAAGAAGUUGAUCCCAAACUUCUCCAAGAUGCUGGAGAACAUCUUCCUGCCUCUGUUCGAGGCCACGGUCAACCCUCAGAAGCACAAGGCCGUGCACGUCUUCCUCAAAUACGUGACGGGGUUCGACAGCGUGGACGACGAGUCCAAACACAGCGACCACAUGUUCUGCUUCAGCAGCCCCAAGCCGGAGGCCUGGCUGGCCGACGACAACCCGCCCUACACCUACUACCUGUUCUACAUGUAUGCCAACAUCAUGGUGCUCAACAACCUGCGCAAGGAGCGAGGCCUGAACACCUUCCAGUUCCGGCCCCACUGCGGCGAGGCCGGCUCCAUCACCCACCUGGUCUCCGCCUUCCUGACGGCCGACAACAUCUCCCACGGACUCAACCUGAAGAAGAGCCCGGUUCUGCAGUACCUGUACUACCUGGCCCAGGUUCCCAUCGCCAUGUCUCCGCUGAGCAACAACAGCCUGUUCCUGCAGUACUCCAAGAACCCGCUGAGGGAGUUCCUGCACAAGGGCCUGUGUGUGUCGCUGUCCACCGACGACCCCAUGCAGUUCCACUACACCAAGGAACCCCUGAUGGAGGAGUACGCCAUCGCCGCCCAGCUGUGGAAGCUGAGCACCUGCGACCUGUGCGAGAUCGCCAGGAACAGCGUCCUGCAGAGCGGCCUUUCACACCAGGAGAAGAAACACUUCAUCGGUUCCAACUACCGCCAGGACGGGCCGGCGGGCAACGACAUCCGGCGGACCAACGUGGCCCAGAUCCGCAUGGGCUACCGCUACGAGACGCUGUGCAACGAGCUGAGCUUCCUGGUGGACGCGGUGAAGGCGGAGGCCGGCCUGAGCCCGGCCGAGUGACGGGUCGCCGCCGGUCCCACCCACAUCCGGACCAGUUCUCAGACCAGACACGAAUCUUUGGUUUCUACGCUCCUCUCAACGUUCUCACUGGGAAACAGAAGGGAUGGACAUUGUUGUUGUUUCUCGGUUUCGGUGCUGGUGUUUUGGCCCGUUCAGGCAGCAGAACCCAGACCUGGCCUUCGGAUCAGUACCGCCGUGGAUUCUUCUGUGUUUUAGGUUUGAACUUAAGUGUGGACAGACUUGAGAAAUGAGAAAUAAAAAUACCAAACGAGAGCUGAGUAGGUUAAAACUUUUUUUUUUUGGUGUAAAAACACAAUAAAAGUGUCUGAUCAUCGUAGGUCGACACGACCGUUCAGUCAGAUAAAUAUGGUGAAAGAUGUUACGUUUUGUUGUUAAUCUGAGGUUGUAUUUGCUGAAAUCAGACCUUUUUGCUGGAGUCAGAUUAUAUUGUUACCAUAGAGAGAAACCAGUCAAGUUUUCAGUUUGUGUCAUAAACUGUUCUUGUUAAGUCAAUU